AUGGAGUUGUCCGACGAAGACUUUGACUCCGGAGACGCUCUCUUUGACGACGUGGAUGAAGAUGACCUCAUCUUUGACGAACUCGAAGAGAUGGGAGUGAUGAACCCGCCCAAGAAGCACAGCAGGGGCAAGGAGAACGACAUCACAGAUCAAGCGCCUGCUAAAAAAGCGCGGCAUGGGUCCCUUAGUAGUUCUAAUGGCCGACUUGGCGAGACACAAAGAGUUCAGCUUGCGCGGAAGCUGUUGGCCGACAAAUUUGGCUACAAAGAGUUUCGUCAUGAGCAAGAGGCUGCAAUCGCAAGACUUUUGGAUGGCGAGAAUGCACUUGCCGUCUUUCCAACAGGUGCCGGAAAGUCACUUUGCUACCAGGUUCGUUUCAGCUCUCUCGUCCCGACUUCGUCACCGGAACUCUUGUACUUAUGCAAGCAGAUCCCUGCUAUCGCAUUCCCAGAAAUGGACCGCCAGACCAAAGAGCGACAGACCAAUGACUCGGGUAUCACUAUCGUCGUUUCGCCCCUCAUUGCUCUGAUGAAGGACCAAGUUGAUGCUCUCAAGCGCAGAGGCAUUGCGGCGGAAUGCAUGGACUCCACGAAAAGUUGGAAUGAAAUCCAGGAUAUCAACAAGGAUCUGCGAGAGGGACAACUACGUCUACUGUAUUGCGCUCCCGAGCGCCUCAAUAACGAAGGGUUCGUUGAGACGAUGAAGCGUGUCAAGGGAGGAGUCAGGAUGAUUGGCGUGGACGAAGCUCACUGCAUCUCCGAGGCAGUUGCCCGGUUCGUUCAGGAGAUCAAGGCCGAGCGAGUCAUUUGCCUGACAGCCACCGCUACACCACCUGUCGUCAAAGAUAUCUGCCAAGCUUUCGACAUCGCCGAUGAAGGUGUUUUCAGAACAUCAGUGUACCGCCCCAACCUACGACUCGAAGCUGAGGCUGUUGAGGCCAAGGAUGACAAGUAUGAGCUUCUGUUCAAGUUCUUAAAAACACACCCCGGCUCAACACUCAUAUACACUACUCUCCAAAAGGUUGCUCAGUCUUUGGUACCGGCUGUGGCUUUCCAGCGCUGA